AUGAGAUUUGUUAGCUACCUCAGUUUAGCUGUCCUUUUCUUUCAAAUUAUUCAAGCUGCAGAUGUCGAAUACUCUGUCGUCGCAUUCCCCCAAGAUCAGCAAAAUGUAGCUGUCAUUGUGGGUGGUCAAGCCUAUCCUUUAACCAGAUCCACUGAUUAUCCCAACAUCUUCAAGGGCGUUGCUCCUGCUGGGGAGCAAUACCGAUAUUCCCUCACUGGUGGUGCUGGUGAUGUCGUUGAAACCAACUUCCGAGCCCAACAAGCUGGUAUUGCUGCCACUGGUAACGAAUUCUUCAAUAGAACCCAAACUGUCUACAAUGUGCCUGCUCUCCCUCAAGCCUACAACCCCAUUUAUCACCCUCUUCAAAGCAAUAUGAACCGCUCCGAUGAAAUUGCCACCAUCAUUUUGGAAGCCAAUGCUACUGGUUUCAGUGAAAUCUUGGCUAAUCCUCUCGGUAGCCAUGAUUAUACUCAAGUUUCCAAAAUGACUUACAUUGCCAAUAAGGAGGUCUUUUCUUUCACCAAUGCUGGUAUUAAGAACAGUGGGCAAUCUACUAGAGAGUUUGCAAAGCAAUCCUACAAGGUCAAGCUCAAUGAAUUCACCAAGACUGGCCCCAAGGAGCUUAUUUACGGCCGUACCACCUUCAAAUUAAGAGCCCACGAAACUGAUCCCACUUUUGUUCGUGAAAAGUUGAUGCUCGACUGUUUGGCUGCCUCUGGCGGUGCUACUCUUCAAGGCAACUUUGUUCGUCUCUUUGUAAACAACAAACCAAUGGGUCUCUACUUGAUGACUGAUGAUUCCACUACCAACUUUAUUAAUGCCGCUUUGCGUGGUGGCAAUCAAAAGUUCCAAUACACUGGUCCCACCUAUAAGGGUAACGCUUUGAGCCCUUCUUUUGAAGGCAACCUCGUCUACAAGGAUGAUUUGCAAGAAUCUUACAAUGACACCAUCUAUAAGCUUGAAGAUGCAGGCAACAUGAAGAAGACCCUUAACGAGACUAAUGCAAAAACUCCUCUCAUUGAAUUCAUCAAGGAGCUCGCUGCUAUUGAUCCUACUCAAAUGGUUGAUGAAGCAAGCAAAGGCCCUCUCGAGAAGCUUCUUAAUCCUCAAAAUCUCAUGAUCCACAUGGCAAUGAACUUCCUCUCUGGUUCUUGGGAUGGCUUUUGGCAUCAAGCUAGUAACUACUAUCUCACAAAGGAAACCAGCUCUGGUCAAUGGACAAUAAUCAGUUACGACUUUGAUGAAACCUUUGGUCUGGGUGCUCCCCACUAUAUGUCUACUACUCCUUAUGAAAACUUUACUCGUCCUGAUUCUCAACGUCCUUUGAUUGAUGCUGUUAUCAAGUCACCCUAUUACAAGGCUGAAUUUGAGAAAGUUGUCCAAACUCUUGUAAAGCGUUUCUUCAAGGCCAGUGCUGUUAACCCUCGUCUUGAGGCUUGGAAGGCUAUGCUUAGAGAAGAUGUCGAAUACGAUCUUAGUCUCCCUGCUGAAUCCGUCGGUAUUAAGCCUCAAUGGACUCUCUGGAACUUUGAAAACAACUUGAAUGCUACUGACGGCGAGAGUAUGGGUGUUGCUGAAUGGGUCAAUACUAGAUCUGUUGCUGUUCAACAGCAAUUGAACUUUAACGAUGUUGAUGAUCUACCUCCUUUGGGCCCUUACACGUCUGAAAGCACUUGGGAUGCUACCAAUUAUGACAAGGAGGAAAUCGAUGACAAGAAGAACAAAGCUGCCACUGACGGUGAAUCCUCUGGUGCUGGUCGCAGCAUUGCUUCUUUCACCACAACAUUAGCUGUCUCUGCAUUCGUCGCAAAGAUGCUUUUGUAA